AUGACGCGCGUCGCGUUAUCACUCGCGCUGACGAUAUCCCUGUUCGCGGCCGUCGCGGCGGCGCUGACUUACGAUGACAUUGCGGAGACGUCCCGUUAUCUUCGAACUUACGGCUUUCUGGAGAACGAGGAGAAUCGUCAGCAGUCGUCGCUAUUGGACAACGCGACCGCCCUGAGCGAAGCGCUAUCAAUAUUUCAGGAAUACUACGGCCUGCCGGGAAACGGCGUUCUGACUGUGGAAACGAUUCGCGUCAUGCGCAGGCCGCGAUGCGGUGUCGUAGACAUUUACGCUUACAGCCCGUUAACGAGAAAGUGGCCGAGGACGCAACUCACGUGGAACUUCAAACUAGCGAACAGAGAUACUCUGCGCACGACUCAGAGCGCGUUCGCUCUGUGGUCCGAGCAAUCCUCUCUGACGUUCUCGCGCGACUCGCUGCGCCCCGAUAUACUGAUAUCCUAUCAAUCCGGCGCUCACGCGUACGAGAACAGCGACAACGGGGGCUCGUCCCCGUCGCCGUUCGCGGGACCGGGAUCAUUCGUCGCUCACGCGUUCUUUCCGACGGGAGAGCCCAAUCAAGUGACCGAGAUGCACGUCGACGAGACGGAGCCGUGGCACAUCACGCUGACCAGGCCCUCGUCGGACAGGCUGUAUCUCCUUCAGACGCUGACGCACGAGAUCGGUCACACUCUGGGUCUGACUCACAGUAUGAGGGAAGAUUCGGUCAUGUACGCGUACACGCCUUCGGAGGAAAGGCGAUAUCCGCUCAGACUGAGCAUAGAGGACGUCAUAAACGUGAGAAAUCUCUACGGAUCGAGAGAGACGACGAAUCCUACGAUCGUCGACGCUACUCAGACGACCGCGGCGACGACCACGACGACAACGGCCUCGACGACGACGACGGCCGCGGCUCCGCCGACGACCGCGAGGACGGUCAAGACGCCACUCGCUCCCUCCGAUACCGCGGAUCUAUGCGCAUUGAAGCGCAUAGAUGGAGCGCUAAUCAUGAAUCAUCGCCUGUACGUCGCGCGUAAACGCAACGUGUGGCCCGUCAAUAUGAGGGAGCAACGGAGUGCUCUUCUUGUUCGCCGACUACUUCCGACUAGUUCCUCCCCCGCAAUCUCACUCCAGAGACCGUCGGGCGAUAUCGCGAUAUUCGCCGGUGACUACAUCUACCUCGCCGAUUCGAAUUUUCAUCUUAAAGCGAGAUGGCCUAGAUUCGUCGGAUUUCCCCGCGACGCUAGGAUAAACGCCGCGAUAAACACGCACGCCGGGCGCAGCUACGUCAUAUACAACGACGAUAAAAUAGCCGAGAUAAACGACUGCGCGAUGACCGUCGCGAGGCACGGCGCUCUGCGGGAUACGUUUUCCAUGGGAUACCAUCCGCGAUAA